AUGCACCAUCCAGAGGUGACGAUGAUGAUAGAUAUAGACGGACAGGAGCAUGUUUUGGAUCUGCGGCUCAAUACUGACCUCGUGGCCGGAGACCACGUCAUCAGCUAUCAAAAAGAUGGUGAGACGGUUCUUCAUAAACCUACGAAAGAGGAGCUAGAUAUCUGCCAGUACUCGGGAACGGUGAGGGACAGGAAGGGCUCGUGGGCGGCGCUAUCGACGUGUCACGGGGUUAGAGGCAUCAUACACGAUGGGAAGCAAAUGAGAUAUAUUGAACCGGCGGAAGCUCUGGAAGGAGGAGCCGAGCGCUUAUACUUCUGCGCUGCCUCAGCGCUGACGACGAUACUC